GAACUGGAAAGUCCUCCGCCCCCUUCCCCAUAACAUCUCAAAUGAAAGCAGUUCCGUAUUCCGUGCCGCUACUACAACCAUCACUUUCAAUAGCCCAAAUUCGGUCAAGCCUGUUUGUAAAAAUCAAUGCGCAUCAUCGACAUGGACCCAUCAUAGAAGGUCUGUCUAAAAGGCAUGUUUAAUUACCCUUGAUGUCAUGAAGGACGAGAAGGCCAGGGGCCCUUCAGCAGUUGAGCCACGGAGUGGUUAAAUCUUCCUUCUACCUUCAUCCUUACACCAUCUGUUUUCCCUCCAUCCCCACUUUGGUAACUUGACAAUGACAUCACAUAGAAAUCACCUGGUGAAGGACUUCAACCAUUUCAUCACCUGUUAUGUCUGUAAAGGGUACCUGAUCAAGCCAACCACUGUGACAGAGUGCCUGCACACCUUUUGCAAAAGCUGUAUAGUCCAGCAUUUUGAGGACAGCAAUGAUUGCCCAAAAUGUGGUAUCCAGGUUCAUGAAACGAAUCCCUUGGAGAUGUUAAGGCUGGACAACACUCUUGAAGAAGUCAUAUUCAAACUUGUGCCCGGUCUUAGAGAAAAGGAACAGCAGCAAGAGGUUGAAUUUUGGAGAAGAAACAAAUCGAAAGAAAAUUCUAAUGAGGAUGGCCCUAUAUGCAAGAAGGCCCGAGUAGAUGAAGAGGAUGAUGAUAAAGGUGAUGGGGACUACCACAGGAGUGAUACUCAGAUAGCCAUCUGUCUGGACUGCUUGCGUAACAAUGGGCAGAUAGGAGAGAACAUUGUUAAGGGUUUAAUGAAAAAAUUUAUUCGCUGCUCAACAAGAGUGACUGUUGGAACAAUUAAGAAGUUUUUAAGUCUGAAGUUAAAGCUUCCCAGUUCGUAUGAGCUAGAUGUUCUAUGCAAUGGUGAGAUCAUGGGUAAAGACCACACCAUGGAAUUCAUCUACAUGACCCGCUGGAGGCUUCGGGGAGAAAAUGUAUACCCAAUGGUACUUGAAUAUCGACCACGCAUUGACUUUGGCUAGGUUGAAAUACCCUGCACUAAUUUCAUCCUAUGAACAGACAGCGAAUUGAAUGGACCAGUUCUGAAGAUGUACUCUACCCAUCUCUUCUGUUUAGUUUCAUUCGUUUUUUUGGUCGAAAGAUUGUCACUUACAACAUUGUGAUUUAUAUCUCUUCCUGUGUUGUGGUUUAUUUACCAAAGUGACGCAAAAGUUGUGUUUAAAGGCCUUCAGCAAUUUGCAUAUGAUGGUAGCUCCCUUUAAAAAUGUCACAUGUUAUGAAAAUGUAAGUAAAUGCGCCAGUGCCUUUUCCAUUACAUCCUCAUAUGAAGAGAUUCUGACAGACGUUGAGUUUAUAAAGAGUUGUUUUUACAGAA